GCAGCCCCGGAAAGCCCAAGCGAACCAAGUCCAAAAGCCGCGUAACUUUACGUUAGGGCUUUCUUUUCCUUCUGUCGAGACUCGAAAUUUGAAAGGCAACUCUAAAAUCUCCAUGAACGAGUUACCACCGAGUCAGUCAGCUACAUAAUCUUCCACUCUCCAAGCUUUUUGAGUUGGUUUGGGGGAAUAAUAGGACAUUUAGAUGUUGGGGAAAGGAAGGAAAGUGUCCAGUAGGGGAGAGACAGUGGCUGCAAAUUAUGCUUUUGGCCCUGCUGAAGAUGAUAUCAUUAUAAAACACAGGCUUCUAACUCGCACCACUACCACAAGAGGUGAACCCCCAUUGAAGAAACUUCAAAAGAAGUUUACCUCGUUUGUGCUGGAGGUUGAGAAGGAUGAAGAUAACUAUAAUGAAUGCGCAAAACUUUCCAAGUCUUUCUUACAAGAGUUAUCGACGUUUGAGAUUCCUCUUUUAAAGAGUAAAGCUGUUAUUGAUGCAAAUCUUAGAGAGAAGGAGAACUUCAAUGAGUUAAAAGAUGAGAUAAAUAGGCAGAUAUUACAGGCACAGACUGACAUAGAAGAUCUAAAGAAACAACUGGAGGAAAGUAAGAUUGAGAGGCAGCACAAGGAGGAGUGUGAGGCAAUUAGGAAAUUGAUUUCUGCACAACCACCGAGAUCAGAGACACAGAAAAGUAUAACAGAAUUAGAGAAAGAAAUUGCAGCAUUUGAGGCAGAGAACACUGCUGGUUCAAGGUUGCUAGAGCUCCGGAAGAAACAGUUUGCUCUGUUAUUACAUGUGGUGGAUGAGUUGCAAAAUACCAUAGAGGAGGAACAAAAGAGUUUGAUUGAGGAGAUGAGAAUGGUGACUGAAGAGCAGAAGAGUGGAAUGGAAGAUGCCAAUGGGGGCUCAGAAGCAAUGGCUGUUGAUUAGCUGGGUGCUGCGUCUAAGUUUUGCUGUUGAAGAUUUGAAAUGGAUGUUUACAGUUGAAGUAGCUGCCUUGCACUAGAGACUGUACUCACAUGUCACCUUGAUUGCCGUUUUGUAUGGUAUAUCCAAGCAAGCGCCAAUGCCAGAUUUCAUUCUUCUAUUCAGUUAGCUCUCCCGGUCAGUCAUUGUGAAGAAAUAAAAAGAUUCAAUGCAGUACUUGGAACAAAUUCGAGUUCCAUAAGACUUCUGCCAACUGUAUUUGUCCUAUUUGAUCUUGUCAAUGGCAUGUAUGAGCUCUUUUCCAGGUGAUGUAAAGCUCCCAUUGCAUUUGCUUCAUCAGCUAGCACAUUGACCUCCAGCUUGUAGAAACUUGCUCCAAUAUCUUUCCUUUGCAAUUGCAAUUUGGAGUCUAAAUUUUUUCAGAUGUUGCAGCCUGCAGGGCUUGAUGCUUACAGGCCAAUAUAUCCAAACUAUAUUGUAAGCUUAAGGUCUA